UGCUCACAGAGAAAGGGACUUGUGAUGCUACAUUUUUAAUGACGAACCAGCACUUUUGUCCAGACCUCCAAUCUACUGCUUUCUUCAACAUGUAGCCCCAGUCUUUCCCGUGACAGCUCUCUGUUCCUCGCUCCCGUCCCCUCAAGACUUUCGUUGGCAGCUCGCCGUGAAGGAGGAUAUGGACGUGUGACGCCUUAAGACAGGGACAACCCGAGACAGAGGCAACCCGCCCGGCACCAGGAGCCCGUCACAGCAGAGUUGGUAAGACUGCAACGUUUGCGAUUAUGUCAGAAGGGGAGGUGAUGGGUGCUCCCGGUACAGAGGAGGAGCAGGAGUUCACGGUAGAGAGCGUCCUGACCAGUAAGCCACAGGCUGAAGGAGGGACAUCUGCGUCUUCCUCGGUGUCCUCCCCUCAUCCUCCUGCCACUUCAGCUACCGAGGACGAGGAUGAGAGCGAGGACGAAUCAGACAUCUUGGAGGAGAGUCCCUGUGGCCGCUGGCAGAAACGGAGAGAGGAGGUGAAUCAGCGUAAUGUCCCUGGCAUAGAUGUUGCAUAUUUGGCAAUGGACACGGAGGAGGGGGUGGAAGUAGCGUGGAAUGAAGUCAUGAUUUCAGAGAGGAAGAACUUCAAACAACUGGAGGAGAAAGUCAAGGCUGUAUUUGAUAACUUAAUCCACUUGGAACAUGCUAACAUUGUCAAGUUUCACAAGUAUUGGGCUGACACAAACGAGAACAGGGCCAGGGUGAUUUUCAUUACUGAAUAUAUGUCCUCUGGAAGCUUGAAGCAGUUCCUGAAGAAGACCAAGAAGAAUCACAAGACGAUGAAUGAAAAAGCUUGGAAGCGAUGGUGCACGCAGAUCCUGUCUGCUCUCAGUUAUCUUCACUCAUGUGAUCCACCCAUCAUCCAUGGCAACCUGACGUGUGACACCAUCUUCAUCCAGCACAAUGGGCUCAUUAAGAUUGGAUCAGUUGCUCCAGAUACCAUUAACAACCAUGUGAAGACGUGUCACGAAGAACAGAAGAACUUGCACUUCUUUGCCCCAGAAUAUGGAGAUGAUGAUAUUGUUACAACAGCUGUAGACAUCUACUCAUUUGGCAUGUGUGCCUUAGAGAUGGCACUCUUGGAAAUACAGGGAAAUGGAGACUCCUCUUAUGUUUCUCAGGAAGCCAUCAACAAUGCUAUACAGUUGCUGGAAGACCCUCUGCAGAGGGCAUUAAUCCAAAAGUGCCUCGAGUGUGAUCCCACCACAAGACCUACAGCCCGGGAGCUGCUGUUUGAUCAGGCUCUCUUUGAAGUGCCGCUCUUAAAAUUGUUGGCCGCACAUUGUAUUGUCAGCCACCAGCAUGUUUUUCCUGAAAAUGCCCUUGAGGAAAUUACAAAGAAGCUGGAUCCCAAUCUGGUCCUUGCUGUGACUAAAGAGGAUGUUCAGCUCAAGUUGUCACAGUUUCCUCCCUUGGAACUCGACAAAUUCCUGGAGGAUGUAAGGAAUGGUAUUUAUCCAAUGACGGCGUUCGGUAUACCCUCUCCCCAACGUGUGCAACAGGAGACUAUUAAAUCUCCAGUGGUCAUCACCUCGGUCAGAUCCCCCACACCCGAACCUGCAGAGCUUGAGACACGAAGAGUCAUUCAUGUGGAAUGUAACUUUGAACCUGUGGAAGAGGGAGCAAAGUAUCAUCUAACGCUGCUGCUGAAACUGGAAGAUAAACUCAAUAGACAUCUAAGCUGCGACAUGUUACCUCAUGAGAGUAUUCCAGAAUUGGCCAAAGAGUUGGUUCAGCUGGGGUUAAUUAAUGAGGCUGACCUUCUCAAAGUUUCUUCACUGCUUGAAGAAGCAUUCACUCAAGUUCUUCACUAGCGAGUGUCCUCAGAAGUUCGCCUUCAAGCUUGUUACAUCCCGUAAAAAUCUCUGGACAUUCCUGUGUCCAGUGAUUUGUGUUUUUCUUUGACUUUUCUACAAAGCUUUACGUAGUUAUGUGACCAAAGGAGUGAAGCUUUAGGGAAAGCUCUCCCAACUUUUCCAUGCGUCAGGGAAUGAAACUACUUUAAAGCACACAAAACCAUAAACAUAAAGCCAGGCAAUUCCAAAGCAACUAGCUGUGAAUACUAUUUUAUUUUUUAUUUUAAAAAGCAUAACGCAUUCAUCUACGAGUGGAAAUAUUUAAGUGAGUUGACCAUCAUGUAUUAUUUUGUUAAGGCUAAUGACUAAAUUACCUUUAUUAUAACUUUAUUGAUGCUGUACGAGACGUUUGAUUCCAACAGGUUACAUUGAAACCAGUCUUUCGUUUACAUUAGGAAUUGCCUCCGUUUUUUGUCUUGGGAACAAUGGGUCUGACGAGUCUUGCAGAACUGAUUCUCUUCCUUAUUGGAGUCAUAGUAUAUCCACUGUCAUAGAUUUUAAGUGUGAGGAGGGAAAUGUCAAGCAUCCACUCCUAUUGACAGUCAGUGAAACUUCAGCUUCCGUUAAAAGAAUGUAAGUCAUGCCACUCCUUAAUGCAUCCCCAUCCUCAUUAUGUUUGGCCUUGUAUGACAUCACACCCCCUGCUUUUUAACUUGGUUUGCAAUUUCUUCAGCCAGCCUAUUACCUGUCAUAAGUGGCUUGCUGUUGUAAUAUGCUGAAUAUGAUGCAACCUGGAGUGCAGACUUGCAUCUUAUUUAGCUUUAUUAUUAUUUUUUAAAUUACCCAUAAAUUAAAAACCUUUGAUACAGAAGAAAUAUAUGUGUAUUAGAGCAUUUUACAUUUGGGACAUCAUCCCAACAGUUUUCUCUGGUAGAUUCUCUCAUGGUGACUUUUAGGUACUAUGAACUGGCUGUCAUUGUAGUGGUAGUGCUGCUGUUUUUUGUUAAAAUAAAUAUAUAUA